AUGACAAACGGGACACGUGAAAUCUCGACGCAGCUGCAUUCUUGCGAUCUGCACGAGGUGGAAGUUGACGUCAAAAAUAAAGUCAAAGCAACCGCGAGUCGUCGUCGUCAGCGUGAAAACAGCAGAGAUCACGAGGAACGAUUGUCAUUCGGAGUGGGUCGACUUGUUGGUUCACCAGCAACGAGGAGUCCCUCUCCAUCGCACUCUCCUUGUCCAGACUCUCCUCCGUCGGAUCGCCGGGACGGCGAGGUGGACGUGGACGUGGAAGAGGAGGAAGUGGACGUGGACGUUGAAGAGGUCGGUGACGAGGACGAUCGCGAUGCAACGUCGAGUCCACCGCGAUCGUCCACCACACCUUCUCCGACCAGCGUGGCGAUAUCGCCCACCUCGAAUCCACCGAAGAAAUCCGGCGACACUUUCAGUGUUUCCGCUCUUCUCAGGCCGGAUCCACCGUCGGCCCACUUGCAAAACGCGUCCCCUCACCGAGACACGGCGUCGAUCGGCGCACAUCCACCUCCGCCUGGAUCCUCGAUGCUCUAUCCGCCGCUUCAUCUCCAAGGUGGACUGUUACCACCUCAUCCUCAUCAUCCUCUCUCGUACCUGCAUCCCCAACUGCUGCCCCAUCAUUUGUUACCACCGCACUUGCACCCGCUGCUGCGUGGUGUUCAUCCAGGUCACCCUGGCCUGCACACGACCCACACCGCGCACGGGCUCCAUCAUCAUCCUCUCGGGGACGUCUACAGCUGCGUCAAGUGCGACAAGAUGUUCAGCACGCCUCACGGACUCGAGGUGCAUGCAAGGAGAUCCCACAAUGGGAAGAGACCAUUUGCCUGCGAACUGUGCAAUAAAACGUUCGGCCAUGAAAUCAGCCUUACGCAACACAGAGCCGUGCAUUCCGCGGAGAAGGUGUUCGAGUGCAAGCAGUGCGGCAAAGCGUUCAAGCGCUCCAGCACUUUAAGUACUCAUCUUUUAAUCCACUCGGACACGAGACCGUAUCCCUGUCAGUUCUGUGGGAAGAGAUUCCACCAGAAAAGCGACAUGAAGAAGCACACCUACAUUCAUACCGGUGAGAAGCCUCACAAGUGCCAGGUAUGUGGCAAAGCGUUCUCCCAGAGCAGUAACCUAAUCACGCAUUCGAGGAAGCACACGGGCUUCAAACCGUUCGCUUGCGAGCUUUGCGGCCGUGCUUUCCAACGGAAAGUCGACCUGAGAAGGCAUCGAGAGACCCAGCACGCAGAUCUGAACACGUCUCAACGGCCGUCGAUCGGAUCGAUCCCCGGCCAGAACUCUUUGCCGAACGGGAAUCCGCCGAUGAUGCAGUGAACAACUCCCGAACGAUAAUCAAAAGAAACGAAACGUGUAAACUCUGUCUCACCUCCUCGCUUCGAGAGGAAGCUAGUUGGUUGGAAAAGAUGUUGAUAAUCGAAUUCUCUUUUCGAAAUGGUGCAAUCGACGUGGAUAACAACCUCGAGGAUAAUCGACGCGACGGAUCUCAUUUCUCUUCGUCGUCGGAGCAACAAGCAAACUUCUUUCACGCUGUGAAAGAAGCAGUGCAGUACAUCGAACUCUUUGUCUAUUUAUUGUUUGAUAAUUCGACGAACGACGCGUUCAACUUUUCUUUUUUUUUUUUUAUUUCUCUUUCUUUCGAGUGCAAUCGAGUGCGAGGCUCUCGUCGAGAGAGAGAGAGAGAGAGAGAGCUCGCCUCCGAGUUCGUCGAGUGGAAUGCAACCGUACAUUCCGAUACCAGUUAUUCCAGACCGUGGUUGGAAACGAAGGAAACGCGUGCAAAGUGAUAUACGCGCACGCGUAAUUAUUACCAAAGCUGUACAUUCCACGUAAAUCGCGGCUCGAGCAAGAACCUACUAUGGUAGGAAGGGAUCCGAUCCUUACACACACUCUACUCGAUUCGUCAACGUUGUUUACCGAGAUUGUUAGGCGUUUUAUUUUAGUGGAUUCUACUCGAAGGCGAAAGUGUGUCCGGUGGAUGGACCAUCGAGAGAUUCCUUUGUUUCCAGCGUCGCUACACUCCGUGUUGAAUCGUUCGUUAAGUAUUGAUAAUCACCACCUAUCUUUCUCUUAUUACGUAGACGUUUACGCGACGUUUAUUUCGACGAUUAAACGAGUUUAAUUCCGAUAAUUAAUGCCGCUGCUGUUUUUAUUGAAUUUCACGAUGCUCGAAGACGCAAACGAGAACGUGACGUAGAAAUACGUUUUAUUCGACGAUGUAAAUUUACCGGAGCUCGUUUCAUCGUCGACAGUGGACAACGUGUAAGAAAGUACCGGCAGCGUACUGUAUUUUGCAUAUCUCCAGCACCUAUCGUUCAAGGAAAGUGCAUCACCCACAUCCAAAGUUGCAACUGUGACCAAAAGAAUCAACUUGUAAAUAGCACAUAGAUCGUAUCUCGCCUAGCGCUAAGCGUAUAAAUAUAUACAUAUAUAAAUACGAGUAUAAAUAAACGACGAAAAAAGAGGAGAAAGCCGUAAAAAAAGAAAA